GAAGCCGCGGCCCUUCGCCACAGGCUCAGUCGCCGCGCAGUCCCGCCAUGGUUUGCUACAUCUACCAGCUGCCGUCCUGGGUGCUGGACGACCUGUGCCGGAAUAUCGACACGCUCAGUGACUGGGACUGGAUGCAGUUCGCUUCCUAUGUGAUCACAGACCUGACCCAGCUGAGGAAGAUCAAGUCCAUGGAGAGAGUCCAGGGGGUGAGCAUCACCCGGGAGCUGCUGUGGUGGUGGUCCAUGCGGCAGGCCACCGUCCAGCAGCUGGUGGACCUCCUGUGUCACCUGGAACUCUACCGAGCUGCCCAGAUUGUCCUGAGCUGGAAGCCAGUUUCUGAGAGCACAACUCCUCUCCCAACCUUCCCAGAGGCUGUGAAGCCAGGGCCUGUGGCUUCUAGAAGAAACCUCAAGGAUGAACAGGAGAAGGGCCAGCCUGAGAAACCACGCUCCGUUCUGGACACAGGGUCCACCAUGGCUGGGACCCAGUCACACCAGCAUCCAUGCGAGGAGGAUUCCCCUUGUUCCCUGAAAACUGACACACCCGACUCUCCCCAGUCUAAGUGCUGCAGCAUUUCCACGUCCAUCCCCAAGCAGGAAAAGCUUUUGAGUUUGCCUGAAGACAGACUUUCCUGGAGUGAAGCAGAUGUCACCCAAGCAACUGAGGACUUUGACCAAAGCCACCGAAUCAGCGAGGGGACCUUUGCCGAUAUCUACCUGGGACAAAGGAACGGUGUGGCCUUUGCCUUCAAGAAACUCAGGGAGGUGGCCGGCUCGAGUCCAGGGUCCAUGGACAGAUUCCUACAGGCGGAGAUGCAGCUCUGCCUCAGAUGCUGCCACCCCAACGUCCUACCUCUGCUGGGUUUCUGCACUGGAAGACAGUUCCACAGCCUCAUCUAUCCCUACAUGGCAAAUGGCUCUCUGCAGGACAGACUCUGGGCUCAGGGCGACUCAGACACGCUGCCCUGGCCGCAGCGGGCCAGCAUCUGCUCAGGGCUUCUUCUGGCUGUGGAACACCUGCACAGCCUGGACAUCAUACACAGCAACGUUAAGAGUGCCAACGUUUUGCUGGACCAGCAUCUUAACCCCAAGCUGGCUCAUCCAGGAGCUCACCCGUGUCCCAACAAUAAAAAGACCAAAUACACCGUGAUGAAGACUCACCUGUUCCAGGCCUCGGCUGCAUAUCUGCCUGAAAACUUCAUCCGGGUGGGACAGCUGACCAAGCAAGUGGACAUCUUCAGCUGUGGAAUUGUAUUAGCCGAGGUCUUCACUGGCAUCCCUGCGAUGGACAAGGACCGCAGUCCAGUUUACCUGAAGGAUUUGCUUCUCAGUGAGACUCCCCACAGCACUUCCUCGGUGCACUCCAGGAAGACAGGCAUGGGGAAGGCUGUGGUGAAAGAGGUCUGCCAGAAGCAUGUGGAGAGGCGGGCAGGGCCGCUGCCUGAGGCCUGCGAGGAAGCCUGGGCCUCUGCUGUGGGUGUCUGCCUGCAGAGGCGCCACGCCAGUGUGGAGGAGGCAAGAGUCUCCAUGGCUGGGGUGGAGGAGCAGCUCCGAGGGCAGCUGUCCCUCCCCUGGAGCAGGGUUUCUGAGGGCACAGGCUCGUCUUCCAAUACCCCAGAGGAAACGGAUGACGUGGACAAUUCCAGCCUCAGCGUCUGCUCUUCUGCUAUGGUAGUGCCAUCCUGCCCAAGGGUUGCCUCCUCUCCACUCUCCAUGGGAAAUGGAACAGCACAGCCAUCUACCAGUGGGAGCCAGGAGGCAGACUCCUCCUCAGAGGCUUGCCCAGGCCCACAGCCGCCCCAGGACGCUACAGAGACAUCAUGGAAAAUUGACAUCAAUGAAGCCAAAAGAAAACUGAUGGAGAACAUCCUACUCUAUAAAGAAGAGAAACUGGACAGCGUCGAGCUUUUUGGACCCUGAUGACCAGAGCACAGCUGAAGACCCUUAUUCUCCACUGGAUAGACAAAUGUCCAGGCAAGGAAGAGGUCUUUGGCUGCCCAAGGUCUGUUGAGACCCAUACGACUCAAACAUCAGCCUGAAGAGAGGGAGAUAUGGUUUCAUCAGAGUUGAGUGGUAGGGAAGGGGCUAGGGGGGACCUCAGCUUACACAGACACCAUAUCCAGGAAGUACUCCUCCUCUCUGAGACUUCUUAGUCAGAGGGCUAUGAAGUGGAACACCUUGCAUGUGACCCAAGAAUUUCAAUGGUUUUGUGGUUCCAGGGAGCCCAUGUUGAUUACCACCCCAAGAGUUGCUGUUGUCCCAAAAGUUCUUAGUUCUCCACAACGGACAGAGCAAGCCUGCAGCACCCUUGGUGUUUUUCACAGUUAUCAGCUGUCAGUCAUAUUUGCAGACAGCUUUCUGCAAAUUCCCACUUCUUAAAAGACCUUCAGCCGGUGACUCCCCAAUGCUUGACUCAUCUCUCAAGUUCAGAACUAUGAAAGCAAGACAGUUGGCAAAAGACGCUGUAUGCGUUCUCCUUCAGUUGGUGAUGUUGUAAGCCACCAGUAUUUAGGAACUGCCUGCUCUUCACUGUCGACCUCCCAGCACACCCAUAUUUAUUUUAAUGGAGACUCCAAGGUUAUAUGUUAUUUAUAGCUAGGUGAAGAAUCAUGAGAAACAGUCUCAUGUUUGUUUCUGCUGCUAGUUAAGUCAAUCACUCAGUGGGUGGUAACUCAGUAUCCUUGUAAGAUAACCCCUACUCUGUUCUCCCUGGGGAAGAAUAGAGCUACUCUGUUCAGCUCUGGAGAGGACAGGUGCAGUGGCUGUAGAAGCACUUUGAAAACGUAUCUGUUCUGUGUUAUAAAUUAAAUAAAAGGUAUCUAGUUCUUGUUUCUGCCAUAUUGAAAAUGUUUAUGAAGUGACUAUAUUUUUGAAAAGUCAUGUUGCAAACCUUUUUGUAAAACAAAGCUAUUUCUAAUUCACUAUUUAAAAAGAAUUCCACUAUAGUGACAAAAUAAAGAUGUUUGUAAUCUAUCA